UUGAAUUGCAAGCGGUGCACGCGGCCAGUAUCUUAACGCGUAUUGGACGUUAAGCUUGUCUAAACAUUCGUGAUUUUUGCGCGUUUUGCUUCUAGCGCAAAACGUGUCAGUCUUUCCAGCGCGACGCGUCAAAACACAGUCAGUCGAUCCACUUUACGUUAACGAUCUAAAUACAGUGUUCGAUUAACGUGGACGCACAUCGAUAAAAAGAUAUUAUUUAACUCGCUAAUCGUGAAACAAAAAUCGUAAUGUUUUCGCGUUUAAAACUGUAUUUGCGUUAAUCUGUUGGCGUAUCGUUCGACCUCCUUGAGAGAUCAGAUCUGUAAAUUCCAGUUUAUGAAUAAACUGUUCAGCGUUGUGUUGAUAGUUCUAGUCAAUGAAAUCAUAUAAUGUCUGCGAAAAAGAAUGCACCAAUGGACGAUGAGAAAAGAAAGCAGCCGAAUGAGAAAACAGAAAGCUCGCGUAAUUCUGAUUAUACCUUUGAGCCACCCGAUGGUGGCUGGGGUUGGAUCAUUGUAAUGGCGGCCGGAUUCUCCAACUUUUGUGUAUUACCAAUAUUGCAAUGCUUCGGUCUAAUAUUUCGCGAUAGAUUCGCAGAGCUGGAUAUCAAUUCGUCAGAAACAACAACCAUACUUAACAUAAACUGUGCUGUGACUGCUUGCAUGGGGUUAGCUAAUGGCCCACUGUUCAGGAAGUUCAGCUGCAGGCAGGUGUCGUUCGCAGGCGCCCUUAUUUGCUUUGUGUCGAUCACGACGUUAUCGACCAUGAAAACUUUCGUCGGUGUUUUGAUGGUUUUCUCGAUUUCGUAUGCUAUUGGGACCGGUAUCACUAUGUCAUCGAACGCUUUGGCUCUAAACACGUACUUUAAACAAAAAAGAAGAAUUGCAACGGGGCUCAGUUGGACUUGCACGGGCAUGGGGCCUAUUAUAAUACCACAGGUAGUUACAUUGCUGAUGCCUAAAUAUGGCAUAGAGGGUACCAUUCUUAUCUUCGGCGGUGUCGCGUUUAAUGCAGUCGCGUGUGCCCUUCUGCUGCAGCCUGUUUCACAGCACGCGAAACGGAAACGAAGCGCAGAAAUAUUAAACGCCAACAAAGACGAAGAAUUGUCGACGUGCAAUAAGAUAACGCCAGAGGCGAAUAAUGAAAAUGAGAAGAGCAAAUCGUUGGAGAACGUUGCUAACAAUACAAAAAAUAGCACUUUGAACCUUGCGAAAGGAAAAUUCGGAAGCCAGUAUUUGUACUACGACGACGAAGAAGAUGGCGCGUCUGGGAUAGACGUAAUUGGUCCUGGUUCCGCUAUGAUAGCACGAGCUAACGAUGGUUGGUUUUCCAGAAAAAAUACAUCGACUCUAUCAAUAACGUCCAGAGCAUCGAGAAAGGACAGCAUUUCAAGGAAUUCUAGUCGAAAACCAUCGCUGUCUCUAAGCAGACAAUCUAGUAUCAAUACUGCAUCGUCGGUAAGAAAUCUUAAUAGGCAAAACAGUGAAACAGAAAGUUACCGACGGAGAAUUUCUGGACUCCCCGCGCUUCCACUGAUUAUUGUUAACGAAUCCUGCGAGCAUACAGAGGAUGCUGAAUACUGUAAAGAUCCUCUCUGCAUUCAAAAACUGCAACAAAAGUUGGCGACGUCCGAGGAAGUCGAAACUGAUAAACUCUUAAAAGUGGAAUGCACCGAAGAGACAAAGAAAACAACUUGGUUGGAAUCUUUGAUAAUUUUUUUCGACUUGGAUCUCCUCCGCGAUCCCGUUUACACAAAUCUGAUGCUGGGCAUCGUAUUCGCCAAUUUCGCCGAGAUGAAUUUCGCUUUAUUAACGCCAUUUAUUCUGGGCGAAUACGGAUUCUCCAAGACGCAAGUCGCAACUGUAAUGUCGAUACUUGCCGGCACCGAUGUGGGCACCAGACUGACGAUUCCCUUCAUUGCCGACUGUAUCGGUUGGCAAAACAGAACAUUCUUUCUCGUAGGUGUCACUGGAAUGGCAUGUGGUCGCAUCGUGUUGGCACACACGCGUGACUUUGGAAUUAUUAUAGCAGUUGCAGUCCUAAUUGGCUUUGGGAAAGCUUUGCGUACGAUAUUCAUGGCACUUGUGAUUCCAGGUCACGUCCCUUUAUCUAGACUUCCAGGUGCAACUGGUAUCCAGUUGUUAACCAGCGGUAUAAUCUCGUUUUCGCUAGGCCCUCUUGUCGGUUGGAUCAGAGAUAUCACGUCCAAUUAUGCAAUCUUGCUUCACAGUCUGAAUGUCUUCACAUUUUUGACUGUAAUUUCCUGGUCACUCGAGAUGUACUUCACGAAACGAAAAUCAAAAAAGAACGAGACACAAAACAGACCAUUAGCUGCUUGAGCGUGUGGAGUUUACAAUUUUGUAUCAAAAUGAACAAAUAAAAAAAAAUGAACGUUU